AUGGCCAAAAGUGCAAGGGCGAGUACGCGGAAGGCGAACAACCGGAGGCUGAAGCAGAAUGUCUUCGGUCCUGUUGAGUCUGCUCGAACGGAGCGCCUGUCGGCGAAGCUGUUGGAACUGGCUGCUCAGCCCAAGCCCCAAAAGGAGCAGGACACGACCAUGGACGUGGAGGACCUUGAUGCUGAGAUUGCGAAUGAGCCCGCCGCUGAAGCUUCUGAGCCUGUGGAAGACUCCAAUACGAUGGACAUUGAGGGCGCCAAGCCAGCAAGCAAGCCGAAGAGCGCUGGCAAGGUUCAGAAGAAGCGGAAGACGUCCAGGAUUGUAUUCCCCAAGUACAAAGAUCGUAAGGGCAAGAAAUGA